CUUCUCAACCGAUUAAUGGCGGCUUACGCAGCUCUACUUUCUGUUAUGAAUACCGUUGAUCACAUCCAAAACCACCCUCAACUUUCAACUUCUCUUGAUCAUUCCACAAUUGAGUUACUCCUCGGAAACAUUUGCUUCUUCCUAGAUUUUAUAGAAACUUAUUCUUCUCAUGGAGGUAUCAACGAGCCUGCCGAUGAUUUGGAGAACCAGAUUGCAACUGCAGCUCAUGCGGCUGAAGAUGCAGUCGAAUCCCACGCCAUUUCUCAAUUUCGUGAUAGUGGUGACUCUCGAGAUCUGCACAAGGUAAUUGUAGCAAUGGAUCUUCUCAGAGAUAAGACGUUGAAGGUGAAAGAGGAAAGGGGAUUGAAACAUCAUCAGCCAACUCCUAAUUCGUCAAAAUCCCCAAUUUCUGGAGAGACACUUACGGUUGGAUUUGAUCACAACUCAACAAAACUCCUGGAUGUGCUUACCGGAAAUGAGUCCAGCCGCCAAAUCAUCUCAAUCGUCGGCAUGGGCAGAAUUGGAUUAUAAUUUGUCAAGUAUUUUCCUAGGGCUUCUUUCUCACCUAAAGGAACUCACUAGCACUAUUGAAAUGGUUGCCGAUGAAAGAGAUGAGUAUCGAUUAGGAGAGCGAUUGUAUAAAACUUUGGUGGGUAGGAGAUAUUUGGUUGUGUUGGAUGACAUGUGGAGUGUUGAAGUUUGGGACAAGAUAAAGUUCUAUUUCCCUGAUAAUGGCAAUGGGAGUCGCCUCGUUUUCACUACUAGGUUUUCUGAUUUGGCUGUAUAUUGUAGAUCAGUUUGUGUUAGGAUGAAUCUUUUAAAUGAGUAUGAAUGUUGGGAGCUAUUAUGUGUGAGGGUAUUUGGACAUGAAGAUUGCCCCGUUGAACUAGAACAAAUUGGAAGAGAGAUUGUUGCAAUGUGCAAAGGGCUUCCUCUGUCGGUUACUGUGAUUGGAGGGCUUCUUCAAAAGUCAGCUAAGACAGUUGAAUAUUGGCAGGAUGUGUUAGUGAAUAUAAGAUCAGUUUUCAGUUCAGGAGAGGGUGACCAUUGCUUAAAUGUGUUGUAUUCAAGUUAUAGCCAUUUGCCUGCUCAUCUAAAGCCGUGUUUUCUUUACAUGGGGAUGUUUAAAGAGGAUUCAGAGAUUCAAGUCACGCAACUCACCAGACUUUUGGUUGCAUAGGGGUUUCUAAAACCAAAAGGUAAUCGAGUCUCGGAAGAGGUUGCGGAGGAUUACUUGAAGAAUCUCAUUGAUAGGAACCUCGUUGAAGUUGGUCAGUUACAUGAGAAUGGAAAAAUUAUAUCUGUUCAGAUUCAUGAUCUUGUAAGAGAUCUAUGCAUAAGUAUAGCAGAGAAAGAGAAGUUUUGUCCUGAUGGGAGAGUUUGGUUUACGAGCAAGGAUUCUUGCGUAGAAGAUGUGUUGCAGAAGUGUAAGCUGCGUUUCUUUGCUUACAGCACACUGUCUUAUAACUCCUUGUUCGUGCUUCCUUCUUCAAUAUCCUUGCUUUGGAAUCUGCAAACAUUGAUUUUUGGAGGAAUAGGAUAUUGUCUAGUUAAUGCACCAGUUGAAAUUUGGAAUAUGUCACAACUUAGGCACGUUGUGUGCAACAACAUUCAUCUACCCGAUCCUUCACCAAGUGAGGGGGGGGAUGGCUUUUGCAUUUUGAGAAACUUGCAAACACUCGUGGGAGUAGUGAAUUUCAGAUGGAGCGAGGAGGCGUGCAAGAGAAUCCCCAGCGUCAAGAAAUUGCACGUGAGGUUUGAUGAUGGCUUCGCAGGUUAUGAAGAUUGCUUGUGCGUAGUGUAUCCCAGAAUUUCCGGUGUUUACAUAAGCUUGAAUCGCUGAAGAUACACUUCCCUUUCUGUAUAUCGCGAUAUCCUAUGGAUCUGCUGAGCAAGAGGCUCGGUUUCCCCACUUGUCUAAACAAGCUGCAUCUGAUAAACUGUAGUCUUACUCGAGUAGACCUGGCAACGAUUGGUUCGUUGCCCCAUCUGCAAGUUAUUGAGCUAGAACACAUUUCUGUUUUGGGAGGUGAGUGGAGCGCUGUGGCUGGUGAUUUUCCUUGUCUCAAGUAUUUGAGAAUCAACAGCUGUGAUCUCGUGUAUUGGGGUGUAGAGGCCUCUGCUUUUGGAGUUCUUGAGAGGCUCAUUGUGGAGGAUUUGUGGCAGUUGAAAGAGAUCCGUGCAGAGAUGGGAGAAAUAAACACACUUAAUCUCAUUUGUGUGCAUCACUGCUCCGAGUCUGCGGCCAUUUCAGCAAUGGAGAUCAAGAGAGCUUUGGGAACGAUGGCCAUGGGAUUCAAGUCAACAUCUCUUUCGUCGCCGGUUAUGGUUUUCUGAUAUGGGCGAAAGAAGAGGGCUUACCCAUCGAUGUUAUUCGACACAGGCCCUUUUGAUUGUCUGCACAAGAGCUACAAAUGGCAAAUUUACUUGAUGUAAGUUGUGUCCCACAUCGAAAAGUGGAGAGGAGUGUAGUAAGAGUGAGUGAGGUAUAAAUAAAGGGGGAGGGAAGAGGAGGAAAGUUGCCUUAAACUAAUGAGUAAGGAAAACAAAGCGGAAGGUGAGAACCAGCCGCCGCAUCUCUAAUAAUGGUGCAUGAAUUUAUGGAGGGGUAAUAGGCUGGUCGCAGCGUAGACGCUGCCUCUUUUGCAGAACUCGCUCAGGCGGGCCUCCCAAUACCCACCCCCAAUUUCAGUUUAAUAUUUUCUCUUAUUAAUUAAAUCAUUAAUUAGAACUGGAAUAUUUAUUAUUAAAUCUUUAUUUUUUUUAAGGUAAUGAAUGUAUUUGUUGACUAGUGAUCAUAUACUGUUGUUGAUUACUUGAUUUAAUCAUAAAAUAUUUAUUAAU